AUGGAGGAGGGUCUGUCAAAGUGCGGCGCCUGGGCGCAGACGCAAGUCGACGCAGCGGCGGGGCCCUGCGCAGCGCCGAGCAUCGGCAAGCAGCUGGAUUUUGUUGCCCUGAGGAAGCUCUCCAGAGACAUCGGGAACGAUCGCAUGCCGUCUGCCGAGGAGCUGCCUUCAACAGUCGACGCGCUCCUGGCUGCCCUGGCGGCAGAGCACUGCAAUUAUGCUGCUCUAGUGCUCGAGCAGCUCAUCUGCAAGCUGCCCGUGCACGACAUCGCAAUCAUGCUGCCUGCGCUGGUCGCCCAGCUGCAUAUUCCCUGCGCAUUUGAGGCGGCCAGCCGGGCGCUUGUGCAGACCUUUUUAGGCGGCGACGACCUCGCGCGCUGCGUUGAGAUGCAGGGCCUCGCGUCAGCCUUAGUGAAGGCUGGGUGCUCUG